AUGGAACCGCCGACACAUCAACGCAUUUUCGACAGUGAAGGCGGUGAGUUGUUGUCGACAAAUUUGAAUGUUUCACUCGGUUUUCGAACCUGAAUAGUUUGCACACAAAGUGAAUAAAAUGAAUGCGCCACGGCGCCCAAAAACGUAGAAAGGGGCGUGGCCUAGCGUGCACGGUUUAUCACCAUUUUGGGGCGGAAAUUCGAAAUUUAACCCCCAUUUUUCAUGUUUUUCGUUAAAAAUUACACAAAUUUUGUACGGGUUUCGACGAUGUAAUUGCAUAAUUUUUUAAAUUUAAUUAUCGCGCACUUUUUGAGCUUAAAACGAGCCGAUUUCAUUCAGAAAUGAAUCAGUUGAAUCGAUUUUCAAGUUUUGUGCUGAAAAUGCGCGAAUUUCAGUCAUUCGCCGACACUUUUUGCCGUUUGAACGCUUAAAAUACUUGUAUUAACGUGCUUAAUCACUUCCGACACUCACUUCGUCUCAAAACUAUCCACAUCGGCCGGCAUGAAAAUUCCGAAUUGCGAAAUAUGCGAAAAACGUCUCAAACGCGGCGUUUUUACGAAAAUUUCAAUGUUUUCUCACUUUAAUGUGCUCUUCUUUCGUCGAUAUCAAACACAAAAUAUCGGAAAAGUGUGCUGGAAUUGCGGCAAUUUUCAGAAAACGCGUCUCAGAUUAGGCCACGCCCCCUUUCUACACUUUUCGUCGCCGUGAAUAUUGCCAGAACACAAAAAAACCGCAAUUUUGUGCAUCCAGUGCGCUCUGAAAAUGUUUCACAUUGAGUUAAAUGCAAUGUGCAUUUGUUUGCGUGUAAAAAGUUCGGACGAAACUUUUAAAGUUUCACACUCAACGCAUAUCCUGAAAUUUUGUAACCACACUUGAUGCUCCCGAAAAACUCCGCUAAAAUGACGAAUCCAGAAUCAACCUUUUCUAAGAAGUAUUUUCAUAGUAUACCACACACACACGCCUCGUUAGUCAAGGAUUAGGAUUAGAUUCGAGAGUACGGAAAAGUUUUAGAGUGGGGGUUAUUAGUCACCCGAGAACCAAUUAUUAAAUCAGGAGAUUAGGAGGAAAUGCAAUAACAAUAUUAUCCGUUUCAACUCGCUUUCAUCUGUUUCACCGCUCACUGGGUGUAUUCGUUUAUUUUAAGUUUCAACAGGUUAAGACUAUACACGGCGACCAAAAGUGUAGAAAGGGGGCGUGGCCUAAUCUGAGACGCGUUUUCUGAAAAUUGCCGCAAUUCCAGCACACUUUUCCGUUAUUUUUGUGUUUGAUAUCGACGAAAGAAGAGCACAUUAAAGAGAGAAAACAUUGAAAUUUUCGUGAAAACGUCGCGUUUGAGACGUUUUUGGCAUAUUUCGCAAUACGCUCUCCGCGGCCAAUCGCCGCCGCAAUUUCGGAAUUUUCAUACCGGUCGAUGUGGAUAGUUUUGAGACGAAGUGAGUGUCGGAAGUGAUUAAGCACUGGCAAUACAAGUAUUUUAAGCGUUCAAACGGCAAAAAGUAUCGGCGAAUGACUGAAAUUCGCGCAUUUUCAGCACAAAACUUGAAAAUCGAUUCAAUCGAUUCAUUUCUGAAUGAAACCUGCUCGUCUUAAGCUUAAAAAGUGCGAGAUGAUUAGUUUAACAAAGUUAUUAUGCAAUUACAUCCUACAAAAUGGUACAAAAUUUGGGUAAUUUUUGACGAAAAACAUGAAAAAUGGGGUCAAAUUUCGAAUUUCGCUCCAAAAAAUGGUGAUAAACCGUGCACGCUAGGCGCCACGCCCCUUUCUACGUUUUUGGUCGGCGUGUAGCUGCUAUACAAUAGUUGGCUCCGGGACAUUUCGAAACCGGACAUUUCGAAACCGCGACAUUUCGAAACCGGACAUUUCGAAACCGCGACAUUUCGAAACCAGACAUUUCGAAACCGCGACAUUUCGAAACCGCGACAUUUCGAAACCAGACAUUUCGAAACCGCGACAUUUCGAAACCAAUUCAGUACAAGUAUUUAAAAAUUCAAAAAACCGCAAAAUUCGCGGUAGAAAUGCAUGUUAAGUGUAUUUUAGCAAUUAGUUAUGAUUUCGGACUAUUUAUACUAACACAAACGUAUAAGUUAUAUACGGUAUAACUUGACAAAAUUAUUCGCGUCGGCCAGGAGCUUGACAGGUCUCAUUGUAAAUCCGUUGUGCGGAUAUAACGGGCGGAGUGCUCUUUUCGGCAUUAUUCUGUACAAAUACGAUUUCCAGCAAGCGGAUCAUCGAAAAUAAUAAGAAUGUUCGACAAAAACACAGAACAAUAUGAAAAAUUACUGUCCAUACUGCGAAUAUGGCGGUUUUUUUGAAUUUUUAAUACUUGUACUGAAUUGGUUUCGAAAUGUCGCGGUUUCGAAAUGUCGCGGUUUCGAAAUGUCUGGUUUCGAAAUGUCGCGGUUUCGAAAUGUCUGGUUUCGAAAUGUCGCGGUUUCGAAAUGUCUGGUUUCGAAAUGUCUGGUUUCGAAAUGUCUGGUUUCGAAAUGUCGCGGUUUCGAAAUGUCCGGUUUCGAAAUGUCCCGGAGCCCAAUAGUUGGACUUCUUGUUAGUUUGCCUAAAAAAAUUGUUAGAAAGCCAGAACGUUUUUGAGUGCCAUUACAAACAUUCUGGGGGAAAAAAAGCUGGUGCGCUCUUUAGACUGUUUCAAAAAUCUUCAAACGAAACUUGCAAAAUUUUGUGCAGAAGCCGGUCCGAGUGGCACAAAAGACGAAGACGAGGGACCAUGUUGUCUGGUGUGUGGCCGCAUCGCGAACACAGGCCAUCAUUACGGAGUGACCGCGUGUCUCGGCUGCAAAACGUUCUUUCGGCGGGUCGUACUGCAGCGCAACUCGCCAAAGUGCAAGUACAAGAAUCAGUGCAGACUCGAGAAAAGUGUGAACGCGAAGCGGCUGUGUCGGAGUUGUCGCUACAAAAAGUGUCUGGAAGUCGGGAUGACGGAAGACGGUGAGUGUCAACUGGAUCGAUAUCGAACUUUUUCUGAUUUCUUGAAGCCCUCCACCCGUGUCGCGACGUGAUCGGCCGUCGAAACCGCAACAACUCGAUCGACUCGUCGCCCAUCUCGUCGCCGCCCUCGAUUCCGUCGCAACUCUCGGUAAGCACCUCUCCCGCUGUUGUCCACGUCCGUGAGCUUGCAGAUAUGCAAACUGAUGACUCAGGCCGACGGCGACCACGAACUUUUGCAGACAAUCACCGACAUGGACACGGACAUCCGCACGCGGACCGCUCACAUUCUGGGCGAGCCGGCGAACGGCGAUCAGCAGAUUCACUUUUACAGCCCCGUGAGUUUUCGGCAUCGGGAAGAACAUUUCUUACUAGGGAAUGGCCCGCACUUACCUUGGGCUUUUGCAAUGGGACCUAUAAAUGAUUCAAAAAAGAAUUUCACGGAGAAUCCGAAUCUGCUCUCCACUUUUUUGCUAAAGAGCACUGGCUGGCGAGAAAAUCUGCCUGUUUCUGCCACAUUUUCUAGAAAGCUCGUUUUCGGCGACCUGUAUCUCAAGAACCACGCGUCCGUUGCAAAAGUGGUCAACUAGUAAGUUAGCGCAAAUUAUCUCGUGAAUAACUUUGUAGUUGAUCGUCUAUUUUUAAAAAAAUUAGUCUUCGAGUUAUGAACAGUUUUCCUAGAGCGACAAGAAAAAAGUUAGCGCUGGGGUCAGAGCGACGAUAACUCGAAAACUAAUUUUUUUAAAAAUAGACGAUCAACUACAAAGUUAUUAACGAGAUAAUUUGCGUUAACUUACUAGUUGACCACUUUUGCAACGGACGCGUCGUUCUUGAGAUACAGGUCGCCGAAGAUGAACUUUCUAGAAAAUGUGGCAGAAACAGGCAGAUUUUCUCGCCAGUAUUCCCUAGUUAGUCUUUUUCACGAAUAACUGGACGAAAGCAUUGUCCAGCAAAACGAUCGCCGUCGUAGAAAAGCACAAUAUGAAACAGAAACUCAUUUCAGUCUCAAGACUACACGAACGUCUCGGUGAACCAUGGAAUCGGACCGUCUCUCAAAGUGGAUAUUAUCCUUCUCAAAGAGUGGGUCAGCCGAGUGCCCGGCUUCUCAGAACUCUCCGAUCGAUAUCAGGUAGACUUGCAAAAAACCACACUUCGGAUCACACUUCAUUCUUCUUCUCAUUUUCAGCAACACCUAAUGCGUCGUUUUUGUCUCCGAUACACUGUCAUCGAGCACGGACUGUUCACUGCUCAGAUGCCGUACCAUAAAAACGUCUGGUACGUUGUGAUAUACUUUUGCUUGUGAUAUUGUAUCGCAAAACUCUUGCAGGUUCCUCUCCGACCGCACUUGUCUCGUUAGCGAGUUCGACAAUCUUCCCGAGCCGAUUCGUCGCCAUUUGACUCCGGAUAUUAUAAAAGAGCAACAGUUGUUGGCGCCGUUCACUUCGAUGCUCAUCCACGAGGUCGCCAACCCGUUACGAAGGCUCAAACCCGACUCGAUAGAGAUUGCGACCGUGAAGACGUUGAUGCUGUUGAGUGAGUGAAGAAACUUGGAGCCAUAAUGUACAGACCAACUUACAGAGCCCACUUGCCUUCGUGAAAUCGGUGGCGACUAUCUGUCGACAGAUCAUGACUUGAAAACUAUCAACGAGAUUCGGAAUCGUGUCAUCAGCGGACUUUAUAGGCAUUAUUUGAAGAAUGGAAUCGAUUCCGAGCAGUUACCCAUUCGAAUCAGUGAUGUGGGCAAUCAAAACGCUCUUCUAGAACAUUUCUAAAAUCGUUGCAGAUCCUCCAUCUCACGGGCGGUGUGGAAGUGUGCGCGGAUCGAGCUCUCGAGGAGAUGCACUUGCUGCGCGUCUUCAAUUUCUGCUCUUUCGACCAAUACAGCUCCGACGUGAUCUUCGGCUUCACCCGCGACUUUUAG